GUAUAAUUAUUAGGGAUACAAUUCAAGAUGGAGGGACGUCCAAUUUCGGAUCUUAAAGUUGCUGAGCUUCGUAAAGAGUUAGAGAAGCGCAACAAAGAUAAAACCGGCGUUAAACAGGUGUUGCUGGAUCGUCUUAAAGAGACUUUAGAAAAGGAUGGUCACGAUCCUCAGACCUAUCGUUUCAGGGAUGAUGAUAGUGUUAAAACUGACCAGGAAGUAUCUGAUCAUUCGCCUGUAAAUGGUGAUGGACAAGGAGCUGAGAAAGUUGGAUCCAUCACAAAAAGACGUAGUCCGUCAGAUGACGUAUUGAGUGAUGAAUAUAUCAGUGAACAUUCAUUGCAGAAGAAAAUUACGGAAGAAACUGUCCCAUACGUUGUCCAAGUUGGUGAGCAAGAGGAAGAUUUAGAUUAUGAUUUGAAAUGUGGAAAUAAUGACGUAUCCGAAGUUGCAGGCGAUAGCAAAGAUAUCCAGACCAAAGAUGAAGAACUUGGCAAACAUGAAAAUAAACCAGAAAGUGCAGUUACUACUCACCAGAUUAGUGAAAGCUGUAGAAAUUUGUGGAUAAGUAACUUGCCGAAAUUGGUGAAGGCUGCAGAUUUAAAGCAACAUUUUAGCAAGGCGGGGAAGGUAGUAUCAGCUACUGUGGUUAUGAGCACCCGCACACCUGGAGGUUGCUUUGGAUUUAUACAGAUGGCUUCUGCUGAGGAGGCAGCAUCUGCUGCUAGAGCCUAUGAUUUAGCAGAGUUUGGAGGAUGCAUACUGCGUGUUGAAGCUACAGAGCGAAAAGCACCAAUUCAGUCAAACAAAACAAAUGAUCGAGUAGCUGGAUUAAACAAAUCAAAAACUAAUAUGCCUGAUUCUCGGCGGACGGUAUCCAAACCGUUGGUACCUCGGAGACGAUAUAUUGCCAACAGACAGCGACAAUUGCGUCGUGCUGCCAUCAGAACUGCUAUUUUGAGGGAACAACGGAAAAGGUCUGAAUAUUUGUCCGUUAAUAAUCGUCCACAUCCCACUAAGAAAACUCCUAUCAGAAGGCCUUUAUACCAGUUGACUAGACCAAAUUAUAGAGUGUCAAAGGAUAGUUUGCGUUCACGAGGCGGUCUGGCCCUUGUAUCUAGACAUAAAAGUAUUUCACAGCGACAAAGCUCUUCACGGAUCAACACCAAUCAUGGGACGCAAUCUCUGUUACGGAGAAGAUUAAAUUAUACUAUCAAUAGAAGGCUACGUGAGCCGAUUCGUGUCCACAAAAGUGCCAGUAUUUCACGUCGGUCGUCCAAAUCAUUUUUGCCUAGAGUACGCAGAAAUCCAAAUAUAUGUCCAGAAAACCAUCGAACCUAUCUUUCUCCACCUUCCCGUUUAAUUCCCUUGGAUUCGCUUACUUCAAAACGAAACCCAGCCUUUCGCAGUAAUCGUCCUGUAGAAAGAGAUUUACGCGAACCGUAUCGCCCUGUUUUGCCAGAACGAAAGUACCAUCCUCAAUCACCUGGUCGAUCACAUGAAUCAAGUCGGUACUCACGAAACAUUCAAUCAUCAGUCUAUUCAGAAAGAAACACGGUGAAGCCAGUAUACGACAGUCGUUCUCGUCAAAGUCACUUGACGACUCGUUCUGAACCUCGCACUCCCUAAAAUCUAUCGAGGAUGCAGAAGUAUAUUUAUCUGAGUGAAGUAUGUAAGUUAUCCUUGUAAAACUUGGAUUCUCAUUUAAGAGUUAUAUUCGUCCUAAUAGUUUGAGACUGCACAUCAGUCGCAUGUGAUAUGCACACUGAAGAUCAAUAGGUCUACAAUACUGUUGUGGUUUGUCUACUAGUCUAUACGAAUUACAGCAAUUUUGAAAGUCGAAAAAUGCCCGUAGUCUCUCGUACGGAUAUGUAUUCUGAGGAACGUUAUCGAACUCAUGAUAGUCAUCUAUCUGAAGUACGCAGAAAUCAGUUGAGGUCAAACCCCCCAACUUCACGAAUGAGAGUUGAGGAGAGUAAACGAGUGUACCGUGCAGUUAGUAGAAGCCCACCAAGGUCAAGAGAUUCUACAAUGAUGCGCCCAUAUCCAGUUUCUCUCAAUCUCAACCGCCAUCGCACGGAAACCAGCCAUCGUGGCCGCAGUCCACUCAUGUUACAGUCUACACCACACAGACCUGAAAUUGUGGAGUAUGAACACCGUUCAGAACCAAGAACGAAUUGGCAAACUGAAAGACGUUCCAAAGUCCUCUCAUCUCCAUCACAGUCAUGGAGGCCUGCAAACCAUGCAUUUUUCCUUUCUCCUACGUAUGAAAAUCGAAAUACAGGUCGCCGAUACUAAUAACAUUUAUUGUUUAUUAUAUGUAUACCAAUAUACUAUAUCCAACUUUAACAUGCAAUUCUUUUAUCGAUUACAUUUAGCGAAUGUAUUAAUUUUGCCAAAACCUUUUAUCCAUGAAAGUGUUGGUCUACACUCAUGCAUAUAAAGCAUUUAAUUUAAAAAUGUUUUAUCUUUGAUCAUUCGUACCCCAAAUAUGCUAUUUAUUGAUC